CCACGGGGAUAGGAGCGCUGCGAUACGACUAAUCGUAGGAUUAUGGCCGAUCUUCAGGCGACGGUCGAGUUCGCGGUCGAGUUGUACAAGUUCUACAAUGUGGAUCUGUUUCAGCGCGGACUGUAUCAAGUACGUUGUUCGUUGCGCGUCUCUCCCCGGCUUCCGGUGCAGGUCGAAACCUGUCUGCCCGAUGCAACGACCGCCGGCAUACCCUCGGUGCAGUCGGUGCUAAAUCAGAAUGGCGGAAGCAACAGCCACAACAGCUCCAACAUCAACUCCAACACCAGCAACAGCAACAACAACAACAACAACAACAACACCAAAUGCAGCAACAACAACGGCACGACCAAUGGCAGUGUUGGGGCCGGUUCAAGCACGAGUGGGAUAGCGAGCGGUGCCGGAACCGGAAGCGGUUCACUGCCGAGCAGUAACACAGGCAGUGUCGGUGGUGGAACUGGACUGGUCGCUAUCGGCAGUGGUCCACCCGGCAGUGGUAAUGCACCGUCGACCGGUUCGACCAGCUCGACCGGCCGUCCGGAAGUGGGUGGACCGUGCCUCUCGUCGACUGCCAGCAGUGGUGUAAUCGGUUCGAUGUCGUCAAUGCCGAGCAGUAGCUCGAUGCCUACACCGAACUCAACCACCACCGGUGGGUCGUCAUCAAUGGUCCCGGUCGGCAACGCUCCCGGGCCCGGGCCGUCGUGUAUGAAUGGAAGCGGGAGUGGUGGUGCUGGUGGAGGCAGCAGCGGUAACUCACCGACGGCCAGCUCCGACAGUCGGUCGGGUGCGACCAUCAUCGAUGAUACCGGAGCGUCACGUGUCUUUCAGAUCCUUUAUCGCAACGAGGAGGUGUCGUUGCGUGACGUUAUCAUGUUUCGGGCGCAUCUAUUAGUCGACAGCCGGCACCUGAAGGAAUCGAUCGAGCGUGCCGAAUUCUCGCUCAACCUCGAGCUGUGGUUCGGCGAGCAGACGAACGGCAACGUGCUGACGCUGGCUUCGACGCGCACACUGCAGCUUAACUUCCAUCCUGGCCGGGGGCUGCACUAUCAUCUGCCGGUGCUGUUCGACUACUUUCACCUGGCCGCCGUCAGUGUCGGAAUCCAUGCGAGCCUCGUUGCCCUGCACCAGCCUUACAUCAAUGCACCCAAGUCAACUAAACCGUGGAUGAGCAGCUCGAAGCUAAACUGUCGCGGUGGCAAUUCGCCCGGCCCGCUCGAGGCGAUCUUCUUCGGGCCACAGGUCGGUAGCGGUGCUAAAUGUGGCGGUGGUUCGGCCGGCCGUUUGAUGCAUGCCCGGAACGUCCACAAAGAAAUCUGUGCCUUGCUGCUGGGGGCCCUGGAAUCGCUCCGGCUGUCGUUGCAGGAGUUCUGCACCGUGCUACCCCACCAGUGGACAGCGCUGACCGGUUCGACGCCCCUGUCCAAUCUCGACACCGAGCAAAGACUGAGGAAGCUAUCCGAUUUGGCCAAGCUAUUGGACACCGAAGACGAUCUAGCAGCACGAGCAAACUCGGACAUUGCGCAGCUUUGCGCGGAGUGUAUACUUUACUGGCGGCGGGUACUGUCCGCUGCCACGCAACCCGCCGUUCAUGGGCUGUUGGCGAAGAAACAUCAUACCCUGCGGGUGCGCCGCUUUGCGGAAGGAUUCUUUGUGAUCGAUAAUCCGCGACAUCUGGCGAGCGGGUGUUAUGAUUCCAACUAUCAAAACUAUGUUUCGAUCUGUGAGAUGGCACGUCGAUCGCGCUAUCUAUCAUCUUUGCCACCCCUACCGGUGCACUGUACACCGCUGGAUGGAGAUGCAAACUCGUUACCACUUAUCUUCGAGGAUCGUUACACCGAUGCGAACGAGUACGGAAAACGGCGAUCAGGCAGUGAGCCUCAUCUGAAUGGUACUGGUGUGCUAGGUGCUGCUAGCAACACUGGCCAGUCAACGCUUGUGAAACCACCGAAGCAACAUCACCAUCCACACAAGAUCGCUCCGAUCGUGACUAACACUAGCAAGGAAUGUUCGUGUGGUAUUGCAACCUGUUAUGUGGAGCCAGUGCCUAAGAUCUGUGGCAGUUACAUGGGCAUCAUGACACCACGGUACGCUCUCGGAGGGGACAUACUGCAGGCAAGUCUCACUAUAACCCCAGCCGCAGCUGCCUCACAAAAUGGGCUGUGUCCUAAGGCACUGUCGCGGCACUCCGUUUCGACGCUGCUCGAUCCAAUCCCGAUGGCCGACGUCUGUACCUGGGACCAACAGUUUAAGGGCAUUUACACCAGCGGUGCAGCAAGUGGACUCGCCGGUGGCACAUUGCCGACUCGGCACAGUAAAUCGCUCGAUCAGCUUGAACUACAAACGAACGCUAACUCUGCUUCGUUGCCAAGGCAGCAUCUUCAUGGUACGACCAAUGUGGCCAACUACAAUGGGUAUGCGGCUCAGCAAUCACAGUCCCAUCAUCAACAGCAGCAGCAGCAACAACAGCAGAUAGGAGCUUUUCACCAUCAACCUCAGCAGCGACAACCGAUGCUGUACCAACAUCCUGGCCAACAAACGCAGCAACUGCAACAGCUGACUGGAGGUGUCGCUCUUCUGCAGACUCUACCCAAAACUAAACCAAAAAAUCCGGUGCAAGCGGAGGAUCUACUGAAAAACAUUACCGAGUUUCGGGAAAAGUACAAAAAUCCGGGUGAUCCUCGUAAGAUGAUCCAUGCCGGUGGUACUGCCACACACAAUCCUACCUACGAUCUGCAACAGGACGCACUCGGCAUGUCUGCCCUCCUGAACGGCUAUGCGAAACCAUCCACCGGUGACUAUCGGCACGAAUUGAAGCAUACGCAAGGCACUCGCAGCUCCCAGCGCGAUCACGGGAGUCACCGUGAUCCACCCCAUACCGGUGCUCCGAUCAACACCACCCCAGCUGGUGCUUAUUACAAUUCGCUUCCCAAAGGUGCCGGACUGGGUGCGCCACGAAGCUCCUUCCCACCGGUGCGCAGUAAAAAGCAACAGCAGUCCAGCUCCACCUCGCUGCCGACUAAGUCGGCCUCGAAUACGAUUCCGCGCAGCAACUCGUCGCAACAGUUGCGCCAAACGGCUCAAAACAAUGGCCAAUCGAUGUCGAUCAGUGGGGGCGUAAACAGUGCAACGUUGCCACACCGGUCGGUAGAGUUUUCGCGGAUACGUGUCUCCGACUUCAAGCAGCUGGUACACGGCCAACAGAGACGCAGUACGUCCAAUGGGAGCACGCAUAAAAUCGGUGUAUCGGGCAAUGGAAGUUCGGCAACCAACGUUGGAAGAGAUUCGAGCAGUUCGGGUACCAGUCCUGAGAUAACGCCACGGACUCGCAACAAACAGCGUCGACUACUGUCUUCUGCGAGUGUUCCUUUUCAGUUGGAAAAUCUUGAACUGGAGCCGGUUGUCGGGGGUGGUGGUGUUGGAGGUGUGAUAUCGGGAGCAGGAGUUGCUGCCGGCGCUGCUGGAGGAUUCAGUGAAAGUCUACCGAACCUUGCUCCUCCUCCGGCCGCUUUUGCUAGCGAUUCACCACCAGGUCCAAAAGGAGGUGCUACGUUUCUACUAAGAAGGCGCCAUUCAAGCAGUGAGUCGACGUCCUCGCUAAGCGAACAGUCUGGCUGGGUGUCGAGCCGGCGUAGUAGUGGCCCAUCAAGUCCGGACACGUUGCGAAACGAUCAGCGGGUGGUGAACGGUGAGCAGCUCCGAAAGCGGCUGCUGAAGCUACUGAACGAACAGCCCCGGUUAGUUGCCGACCGUAAGAACAGUACGCCUUCCUCAACGACUGAGUUCUUCGCACGAAGUAACCAAAGUUCGAUGAAGUCAAAGCCAGGUUUUGGGCCAGGCGAUAUGCUUCGAGGCGCUUCGGUACAGACGGAAAACUGGAACAAUCUCGAAAAGGAGUGGAAUGAUUCGCGGGCACGUGCGAUAGCGAAUGCCGCGAGUGGACCGUACGGUAUGGUAAGUGGGAAACGCGCCCCGGACGCAGUGGGAGAUUCUACGACACGGGAAGAGAUAAGCACGGCCGAUAUAAAACCUCCCAAACGGACGAACAAGAAGGAAAAAUCAAAGUCAGACUUUGAUCUGGCCCACAUCUCGGACUAUGUGUUUGAUGAUUUGCGACUACUUCCACCGCAACAGUUCCGGGAUGUACCGCCGCCACCGGACGAGUUCCGUGAUCCUCCUUCGUUUGUUGACGAUAUUUCGAGCAAGAACAACAAAACUGAUGGGGCAGAAAAGCAACGUUCGUCCUUGGUGGCUCCACUGGAUAUUCCUCUACCGACAGAGCGUCCACCGAAGCCACCGAAGGAAGAGCAGCAACAGCAACAGCCUAUUCCACCGGCUCCACAGCAACCGCAGCAGCAACAGACACAGCGGCAGCAGAUUCAAUACUACGCCACGCUCCCCAAGAGCCAUCCUCCGGUUCCAAUGACCCCACUAUCAGUCAUAUUUCAACCGCAGAUCAUUACUGCACCACAGCCACAUCAACAGCAGCAGCAACAGCAACAUUAUGCCACUCCGCAGUCACUUAUUCAACAGCAUCACUACAGUAAACCCUUAAGCAACCAGGGCUACAUGGGUCCCGGCGCGGCACAACCCACUUCCAAGCCGAAAUGUGAAGUACAGGCCAUUGAUAACCCACUGUAUCACAUCUACGAGGUGGUCAAAACUCCCCGACCCGUCAUGAAAUCGCAAAGCUCAAACGAACUGGCCGCUAUAGCGAAAUGUGCCGAAACCCUAAACAACGCAAACGCUACCAAUCUGUGUACCGUUGCCGUAGCAACGCAGCUGCAACAACAUCAACCGCCGAUGGUUCACAACGGGAAAUCGCAGUACGUACCACCAACGACGGUAGCGUCCUCUGUUGAGCGGAAGGCUUCGGUGCGAGAAGCACAACCUCUACCACCCUCCACCGCGUCCGAACCGGUUGUGUCCGGUUCGGUACGUAGGAAAGCGAACGAAACCGAGGACGAUCCAGACGAGAGUCCAGAUCGUAAGCGUGUCGAUCCACCGAUGCAGCUGCUCGAGUUUGAAAAGUGUCGCGAAGAGUUCCGCAAACAGAUCAACUACUCCGGUUCGAUCUAUUCCGACUUUCAAAAGAUGGCAUCGGAAAUGCCCUACUUUCACAUUGCGGACGAGUUCCGUGCGUUCUCGCCGGCCGGUCUGCAUCUGGUGAUCUGCGUGCAUGGGUUGGAUGGAAAUUCGGCCGAUCUACGGCUGGUGCGCACCUACCUAGAGCUUGGGCUGCCCGGUACGCAUCUGGAGUUUCUUAUGUCGGAACGCAACCAGGGCGAUACGUUUUCCGACUUUGACACCAUGACCGACCGGUUGGUGGCGGAGGUACUGUACCACAUCGAAACAUAUCAGCUCAAUCCGAGCCGCAUCUCGUUCGUAGCGCACUCGCUCGGUACGAUCAUUGUACGGUCGGCGCUGGCGAGACCUCAGAUGCGACCGCUACUGUCCCGUUUGCAUACGUUCCUUUCGCUGUCCGGACCACAUCUCGGCACGCUGUACAACUCGAGCGGGCUGGUCAAUAUGGGGAUGUGGUUUAUGCAAAAGUGGAAAAAGUCUGGCUCUCUGCUGCAGCUGUGCCUGCGUGAUGCUGCCGACCCGCGCCAAAGUUUCCUCUAUCGGUUAAGCCAACGAAGCACUCUGCAUCACUUCAAAAACGUGCUGCUGUGCGGAUCGUCUCAGGAUCGCUAUGUUCCUCCACAUUCGGCACGGUUGGAACUGUGCAAGGCUGCCGUACGAGAUCAAUCGAAUCUCGGGAUUGUUUAUCGUGAAAUGGUACACAACAUCAUAGCGCCCAUGCUGGCCCGACAGGAUCUUACACUGGCCCGGUUCGAUGUGCACCAUGCACUACCACACACGGCCAACGCGUUAAUAGGACGAGCGGCACACAUUGCCGUACUCGAUUCGGAGCUGUUCAUCGAGAAGUUCUUGCUGGUGGCGGGAUUGAAAUAUUUCAGCUAGCCACUGAAUGGCAACAGCCGAUGACGGCCUGCAUCUAGUCGAAGAGGA